AAUGUCAGAUUCAACAUGACAGGAGUACCGGUAUUUGGUGCUGGACCCUGGUUCGACUGUGAAUACGCGAUUCCUUUAGGAGCUGGCAAAUAAUCUCACGCACAAGCUUGCCACCCCACGACGCUACGUACAGAAUCCAGAUUCUCAGCUGGUCCUCCAAAUCUUUUGCUGUGGCGCUGGGCGUGACUUCAAUCUUGUGAGCUGGUAGAGAGCGCCUUCCUCUCCGCUUCAGUUGCUGUUCUUGUUGAAGAUGGUGAAAGCGCGGAAUCAGAUAAACAGUUGUAGUUAGUAAUAACCCCGUAACAUUGUGUUGUCCUCACUGUCAUGGUCUUCUAAAUUUGUCACGCGCUAAGCGUGUUGAGCGGCGUCCUGGCACAAACAGCUUAGAUUUUACUUGAAGAGCAUGAAAUCUGACAUGCCUUCUGGGGGUGAUUCAGCGAACCAUGAUCUAGAGCAUGGAGGGGGCUCAACGAGUAUGCCUGGUUGUUCCAGGUACAGUGGAGAGUUGACAGAGGAGUCUUUGAGGAGUGGGGACAAGAGUUUAGAGCUUGAGGAAAUACGGCAGGACGGCCCGCUUCCUGUAACAGAAGCAGACGCGACGCUGCCAACAUCGCAAGUGCCUUCCGAUGUGGCAAACUGGGAUGCUGAGAGGCUUAGUCCCGGCUGGGAGCUGGUGGCAAUACUGUGUGUGUGUGCACUUGCAGGAGUUGUUGGGACACACAUCCGGAUAUUGCUGGAGGACGCCUUCAAUUACGAGGGCCUUCACAUAAUGAGAAAGUGGGACUGCCUGUUCCAGGACUUGCCGGCUAACAUGAUUGGUUGCUUUUUCAUGGGCAUCGUGGGCGUCACGUGCAAGGCACAGAUUGCCAAGUACUCCGAGUUGAUUGCCCUCGGCCUAACCACCGGCCUCAUGGGAUCCAUCACGACGUACGCGAGCUUCAAUCAAGAUAUGGCGCAACUGUUUGUUGCUGGCCGUUGGGAGAAAGCGCUAUUUGGGAUUAUUUUAGGCCUCGAGCUCCCCUUCGUCUCGCUCCUUGUCGGCAUCAACGCCGGUCAGAGUCUCGUUUGGUUUUGGUCCUGCUUCCAAAAGCGUCGAAGAGUUGCCAUUCGAAUCACCCCCGACAACCUCAAGCGACGAAAGGCGGUCGCCUGGACGGCAGCCGUGCUUUGGCUUGGCUUUUUGCUUCCGUUGAACAUUGUCAUUGCCGCGUUCAAGUGGGGAGAUGUUGGGAAGCAUAUACAGGCCAUCGCGGCGUGCAUCUCCCCACUUGGAGUCUGGCUUCGGUGGUAUUUAUCACGGUAUAAUGGGGGCUUUAUGAAGGGGUCCCCCUACGCGUGGAUUCCGUGGGGGACGCUUGCGGCAAACGUCCUUGCGUCGAUGUGCCUCACGCUUGACAAGAUGGGGGACGUACAGAUUACAAGUCACGUCUGGUCAGUGUGGCUUAUGGCCCUUGGAAAAGGAGUUAUGGGUGGUCUAAGCACUGUCUCAACGUUCAUGGUGGAGAUUUUGAAGCUUGCGGAAGGAGGUUCAUCAGGGAAGGCCUAUGCUUAUAUUGCUGUUAGCUUGAUUUUGACCCAGAUCUGUGCUUUUAUCUUAUAUGGUAUCCCUGUGUGGGUAGAACAGUUUCCUCGGGCAUUUCCCGGCCAUGAAAGCCAUAAUGACGUACCCUGAUGGCAAUUUUUGAUGUAACGGGGUUGUAGUAGGGCACGCUUAACGUUGGAAGGUAUCCAAUCUGUGUAUAAGUUACUGACGUUCAAUCAAGGUAAAGGUUGUAAAGCUGUGUGGCUGAAGUACAUUGAGAAAAAAGAGAGUUGUUGUGCUUGUCGGUAUCCAUAUCUAUAGUAGGUGGCAGUUCAUUGACGUUAACUGUCUUCAAUGAAAGCCGAUGUUAAUGAAAUAUACUCGGUUCCAUAAAUCGGGUACACUAGCGUUUUCCGAACUUAGCAUUGAAGCAACAUAUGCUUUCCAAACACGCCCGGAUAGUCACAAGGGCCAUGCAUAGGCUGCCAUAACAUAGCUAGAUUGAUGUUUGAAAUUUGGAUUUGCCUAGCUACGCUGCUUACCAAAUCGUGGAGUGUCCUAGGUACGUUACUCUAUGCAAAUCUGGGUGCAACGGUAAUUACGAGACGUUGGUAAUACAAGUACGGUAAUCAUCAAGAUAUCGCGCGGCCAACGGUCAUGACGGUCUAGCUAUUUUGUUGAAUCUGCUGGGACUAUCCUAUAUAACAAGGCGGCUAACGU